UUAAAAGAGAAAUGAUGCCCCGUUUUCCAAAAAUUCGGACGAACACUUCGUUUUACUCACUCAACCUAACAUAACACUCGAACGUGGAUGAUCCUCGAAGAAAAGUGGCAUCUCCAUGAAACGAUACUGGCGCUUCGUAAGACGUUACCCAUUGCCCAUAUGGGCUGGGUUCGCCACAUUAGGCGCUCUCCAAUGGCGACAUAUUACCCAAAGGCCUCCACCCCCCAUCGACGAGAGUCAAUCCCAUCUUCAUGACCUGGGCGGUGUGCCCAAAAUCUCCUUGAGCCAGGAACUGGCCAUUGAGUGCUACAAAAUCUUGCCUCUUCGUAGUUUAUCUCGAGCUUGGGGCUGGGUCAAUGAAAUUGAUCUGCCCGAACCUCUUCGUCCGGCGAUUUUGGGCCUGUAUGCCCGGGUUUUCGGCUGCAAUGUGGGUGAGGCCAUGGAACCGGACCUGAAGAGUUAUGCUAAUCUGGGACAGUUCUUUCGAAGGAGACUCAGACCUGAGUGCCGACCCAUUGAGGCGUGUCCACAGACCAUGGUGUCACCCUGUGACGGGCGGGUUCUUACUUUGGGGCCUGUGGCCAAGGACGGGUAUAUUGAACAAGUGAAAGGGGUCCGAUAUUCGUUGCGAUACUUUUUUGGAGGCGAGCUACCAUCUCAGACCUUUGAACAUGACGCCGGACAAUUAUAUUAUGCAGUCAUCUAUUUGUCGCCGGGGGAUUAUCAUGGGUUCCAUUCGCCGGUGGAAUGGACCAUCUUGAAGCGAAAGCAUUUUUCCGGACACUUACUCAGUGUCAGUCCUUCCAUGGUCAAAAAUGUCCCUGGUCUCUUUUCCCUCAAUGAAAGGGUCAUCUAUGAAGGCGUGUGGAACGAUGAGCGCUUCUUUUCUUACUCAGCUAUAGGUGCCACCAAUGUGGGUUCGAUUCGAGUAGAUUGGGAUAACGGCUUAGUCACGAAUCGGAAAAGACAUCCUGUGCCCGUGGAUGAAAAAUUGUUCUCGGAGGUGAAGCUCGUCAAGGGUAAAGGCGAAUAUUUCGGCGAGUUUAAUUUGGGAUCCACCAUUGUGCUUGUGUUCGAAGCCCCGGAAUCUGGCAAGUUUCAAGUGGACAUUGGGGACAAAGUGAAAUUGGGUGAACCGCUCUUCAAGUCCUGAAUGGGAAUCAAGAGAUCAUUCGUCAAAAAAGUUAUCUUGUUUAUCGUCCUGUGAAAUCUACACUCUGUGGAAAAACCUACUCGAAUCUGAAAAUGAAACGAGGAGAAACGCUCUUUUUAUGUUUAA